AUGUCUGGAUACAAACAUACCGGGCCCGUACCCUGUGAUACCGACUUCGAUGUUUCAACGGUAAACGGCAAGACGGCUAUUGUGACUGGCGGCGCCAACGGUCUUGGUGAAGCAUACGUUCGUGCUCUCGUUCAAGCUGGCAUAUCCGUCUGCUUUGGAGACCUCGAUGUCGAAAGGGGAAACAAGCUCGAGAACGAGCUGAAUGGCAAAGCCAAAUUCGUCAAAUGCGAUACCACAAACUGGGAAGACCAACUCAAUCUCUUCGAAACAGCAAAAGCCUUAUCCCCAUCCAGCAAGAUCCACUAUGCCGUCGCCAACGCAGGCAUCGCGGCCAAAGAUGAAGUGUUCGAAUAUAACGAAUUCGGACCCACAAAGCCGAGUCUGAAAACCGUAGAGGUGAAUCUGCACGGUGCAUUGUACACCACAAAACUCUCCACGCAUUACUUCAUCAAGCAGAAUGGCAAACAGCCUUCGCAGGAGCAAGAAGAUACUUGUCUGAUUCUCAUUGGCUCGGGUGCCGCGUUCUUGGAUGUGGCCAGGGGACCUACCUAUCCGGCUACGAAGUGGGCUAUCAGAGGCAUCAUGCAUUCGUUGCGAAGGACUGCUCAUUACUACGGCAGCCGCGUGAAUGUCAUCUCACCAUGGUAUGUCAAGACCAAGAUCUUGGCUGAAGAAGCUUUUGAGCAGGUAAAGUCGAAAGGUGUGGAAUUUGCAACCACAGAGGAUGCUGGAAGUUGUCUGCUUAGAAUCUUGAGUGACAAGAGUGUGAACGGACACUCCUUCUUCUUGUCUGCUAGGAAGUGGGCGAGUAGAGGCUAUCUCGAUUUGGACCUCGAGGAUUACGAGGAUGGGUUGUUGAAGGAGAUCCAGAAUGAUCAACUCGCCAAUGCUCCCCCAGAGGCUGGGUUGAUGAUUUGA